UAACCAGAUAAAACAGAUCUUGUCUCUUUUAUUGUGAAGAUAAGGUCGUGCAUUUUCGGAAUUGCAAGGCGUGCGAGAUGGAUUUUUCUUACCUCCAAUUCCGGUUACGGCGUGGUUAGCGUGGCCUACUCAAAACCGGAAUUGGGUCGGUUUAGACGUAGCUAACCGCGAAAACGACUGCGAUGGUGGUGGAAAAAAGGAAGAAUGGUUCGUGCGAGUGCGGCAGACGUCUAUUUUCAUUGUCGGUCAUACCAGAGGGAGAGUCGCGAUGCCGAGAACGAUAUGGAAAGAAGUGGAAGGGGUGAAAAGGGUCUCCUUUAAGGAAACUUCCCUUGGGGAUCGGUAUUCGGAUCAGGAAACGACGACGCCUACAUCAGUCGCCAAUAAUAGUCAGAAAUCAACAUCGCCAAUCGUCUUCGAGACUCUCUCCCAAAACAGUUCCAACGUCUUCAGACCCAGUAUACACUUAGGCGAAAUCGAGCAGCCCAAGAGUCGAAAGAAUCCCUUCAACAACGUGCAACACGUGAGAUUCGAGAACAGUAUUCAUCUGGACGCGCAGCAUGAGCGGUCCCAGAAUGCCCUGCAGAACACGUAUCAAGGUGUCUCCAGUCUGAUAGAUGAAGCGACGCGACCGAGCAGAAUUAAGUUCCAAGAUGAUAUUCAGAUACCGUCGAGUAUCCAUCAUCCCUUCAACGAUCAGCAAGAAGUUACAGAGACCGUUUCGGGGUCGCCGCUCGAAGAGGUUACUGUAGGACACGUGUUCCUCGAUCAGACGUUUUUCCAAAACGUCUUGAAGAAGCCGCAGGACACAUUGACGAUCUUCGGUAAAUCAAUGACGGAUCAUCGAUCGACUGGUGCUUACUUCGACCUCUCGAGAUCUCCUCCGUACGUCAUCAAUUAUUACUCCAGUCAAAAUCAGAACGUUCAUCAGCCGAUGCAAGAGACCACACUCGAGAUGAUAAAGAAGCCCGAGAGUAACGGCGUCUUGGUUGUUCAGCAGUCCACUUACACGAGGAAACGUAAAUUCCCGUACACGUUUUAUCAACCGGGUGAAGAGUAUCACGAUAUACAAUACGUGGAAGCGCCACACUCGACGAUGGGUUAUCCGCAAAUGAGAAGUAUGUCUCCUUGGAAGAAGAUCAUUCACCUGAUCAGUACUUUUUUGCCACUGGGUCUGCUGUUAGCGCUGACGCCCAAGGUUGUGCGGGUCGACAACAACACGACAACUCAGCCGAGCAUCGUCCUUUCGAAACUUCGGGUCGCCGACCUGCCAAUCGAGCAUAAGCAGGCACGCUCGCUCGACGAACAAUCAGCAGCCGUCUGUGAAGAUCGAUCAAUAUGUGAAUUGAUUCUGGCUGGCGGCGAACCGCAAUCCAACAUUUUGCAGAAUAUCCUGUGGAACUUGGCUACUAGAACGCAGAUGAACGCAGAAGCAGAUGACGUGGCAAAAAGAAACGGUCUUCGUGAGAUAUUUAGCGCUGUGAGAAAGAAGGAUUGUACGACCAUCGAUUGUUAAUGACCGUCUAGGAAGCCUGAAAAACCACUUACAGCCACACACGCGAUCAAUUUUGCGCUCGUUGAUUUAUAGCGUUAAUAUUUACACAUUAUGCAAAUUCGUGACUUUAUGCAUGAAAUAGCAAGAGUACAAAAAACGAAAAAAACAUUAUAAUUAUGCCGAUCACACAUCACAUAUGUAUAAUGACC